GUACGCUUUGCGUUCGUCUACUCGCGUUCGUUCCGUCAUCCGCAGACGGUCCGCUCCCCUGCCUCGUCCGUCGCUCACAACUUGUUGAUGACCGUCGAAGUCGCCGCCGCCGCGGGUUUUUCGCUCGUUUCCUCUCCUCGUUGCCGUCGGCUAUAUCAACGAUAAUAAUAAUGUUAUUUCUCGACCGUCGUCCUCUAUUCGUUUAUCCUCGCGGUGUCGUGUUACCGUUCCCGAUACAAUGCCUCGAUGUUACCGGAUUCCUUCCGGUAUUCUUUAGGAGACUAUAUUGGCAAUCAUUGACGACUAUUGUGAUGAUGAGAGAAUAGCUUUCAAUCAUCAAUGGACUAAAGGAAAUUAAUUGUAUGAACGUGAACCUGUGAAAUAUAAUCUUCUGAUCAUGUUACCAAUUCGUUUACCCAAUACAAUAUUGGCAAGUCGUCGCCAGCAACCGCCUACACCUAGUCCAACAGAACCUAAAGUACAAGUUCGGCCAUUAACGAAAGAUUCGCUGGAAACCAGACAACAUGUUUCAACGUCUGUUGGGUAUGGUUACCAAACUCGAAAUAAAGUGAGCGUGUUAGAUGGAUCUGUGUUGCCCAGCAAAUUUGAGCCGUUUCCUAGUGAGUUGUAUGGCAUGCCACUUGAGGAAAUUGACAAUUUUAUAUUUGAUGAGACCUUUUGCGUGGUAUCCAAAAGAUUUCGGAAGAAUUAUAUACACCGUUUCACAGCCACCCAGUCUUUCUUUUUGUUUUCCCCUUGGAACUCGUUUCGGCAACUGUGCAUAUACAUUUCUACUAAUCAAAUAUUCGACUAUGUGGUUAUGACCACUAUAUUGCUCAAUUGUGUCUUCCUAGCAAAAACAGAUUCAGUUGAAGAAGCUGAAUACAUAUUCUUGGCCAUCUAUACGGCCGAAAUGGUUAUCAAAACCAUAUCAAAAGGAUUUAUACUAAAUAAGUACACAUACUUACGAAAUCCAUGGAACUGGUUGGAUUUCAUCGUCAUCACGUCGGGUUAUGCAACCAUUGGCAUGGACGUCGGGAAUCUAGCUGGGCUACGUACGUUUCGCGUGCUCAGAGCUCUGAAAACUGUAUCUAUUAUGCCAGGUCUCAAGACGAUCAUCAAUGCCUUGUUGCACUCAUUUCGCCAAUUAGCUGAAGUCAUGACACUGACCAUAUUUUGUCUAAUGGUAUUUGCUUUGUUUGCGCUUCAAGUAUACAUGGGUGAAUUGCGGAAUAAAUGUGUUAUGAUUAACGAAGGCAACGUGAAUUGGCUAAAAUGGAUAAAUAAAGAGCAAAACUGGCUGUCAGACAACGAAGGUAACCCAAUGCUAUGCGGCAACGUAACUGGGGCGAGACAUUGCCCAGUUGGUUAUGUGUGCCUUGGUGUUGGCCCUAACCCCAAUCACGGUUACACGAAUUUCGACAAUUUUCUGUGGUCUAUGUUGACUACGUUCCAGCUAAUUACACUGGACUAUUGGGAAAACGUAUACAACAUUGUGUUGGCGACGUGUGGCCCGAUGAGUGUCAUAUUUUUCACGGUAGUGGUGUUCUUCGGCUCGUUCUACCUGAUCAAUCUGAUGUUGGCUGUCGUUGCCCUGAGCUACGAAGAAGAAGCGGAAAUCACGCAAGAGGAGAGGCGAAAAGACUUGACGGACUACCGGGACGAAUCGACGUUCAGUUUCGACCCGAGCCGUAUCCCGGUCAAGCAACUGCAAGACAGACAGAAUCGGGAAAAGAAGAAAGUAGACGGCCGAAAAGGUGUACUACUGUCUUCGGUAACGCGCAAACGGAAAAAGUCACGAAGACGUCGGACGCCGUCUCAACAACGAUCACAUCAAUCGGAACAACAACAGCAGAACACUACGGACGACCGAAAUAACGGCACCGUGGUCGGAGUGACGGAUGCCGCAGAACCGGAAGUGGAAACAGUGGCAACGGCGGCAACGGUAGUAUCGGAAGCUGACGCGACGGCAGUGACAGUGGCGUCGGGUGACUGUGAAGACGGUGAAGAUUCGGGCAGUCGUUCAUCAACGCCUCACCGAAAACCGUCGAGAUCGCCCGAUCCACCGGCACAACCGGUCACGCCACCGCCGCAACCGGAACCACCGCCCGUCACUUCCGCUACUCCAACUGCUGCAAAACCUCACGUGGCUGGUGACAGUCUGCGACCGUGCGCUCUUGUAGCUCCACAAGGACGAGAACGGUGGUUACUAGGUAAUAGACAGGGCAGUGCGAAUACCAGUGAAGGAAACAACAGGGAUUCAUCACUGGAUGACUCAGGUGUAGUAGAUGAUCAUGAUGACGGGGAAGCGACGUCACAAUCACAAUCCCAUCACACUUCACCACAGCCACAGCAAUGCGGAUACCAUCAGUUACCACAGAAUUCCACCAACGAUAAUGGUUUAGCUGUAUCAAAAAGCAUUAAAGUGAUCAAAUGCAAUGGGCUGAAAACAAAACCAUUUGGCCGCAACGGCGAGGCCGAGUACGUGUCUCAGGUGGUUGUUAUUGACGAUCGAAACUGUUUGAAUUGCAACAGAAAUUGCAUUGACUACCAAACAUGGCUGAGAGUACAAAACUGCCUGCAUAAAGUGGUCAGAGAUCCAUUAUUUGAGUUGUUUAUAAUGGCAUGUAUCAUAUGCAAUACAAUAGUGCUGGCUAUUGAACAUCAUGGGAUGUCACAAAAUGUACGUAACAUUUUGGACGUUGGAAACAAGGUUUUCACAACUAUUUUUACUGUGGAAUGUCUAUUCAAGUUAAUUGCUUUGAGUAAUGAAUUUUUCAAUUGUGGUUGGAAUAUAUUUGACAUGAUAAUUGUGACAGCUAGCUUAUUAGAUUUAUCAUUUGAAAUGAUCGAUGGUUUAUCAGUUCUUCGCUGUCUGAGACUGCUUCGAGUUUUAAAAUUGGCUCAAUCGUGGACAACCAUGAAAGUACUAUUGAGCAUCAUUAUAUCAACAAUCGGAGCUCUCGGUAACCUUACAUUUGUUCUAAUCAUCAUUAUAUAUAUAUUCGCUGUCAUCGGCAUGCAGCUAUUCUCAAAAGAAUAUAUGCCAGAAAAAUUUGAUCCAGAUCCAGUGCCGAGAUGGAAUUUUUCAGAUUUUUUCCACUCGUUCAUGAUGAUUUUUCGAAUUCUAUGUGGUGAAUGGAUUGAACCAUUGUGGGAUUGUAUGAAAGCCGAAGAGAAAGAGGGUUUCGGUAUAUGCUUCGCAAUAUUUUUGCCCGCACUGGUGAUGGGUAACUUCAUGGUUCUUAACCUAUUUUUGGCGUUGUUACUCAAUAGUUUCAAUUCUGAAGAAUUAAAAUCGAAAAAAGAGGAAGUUGGCGAUGGCUCUAAACUGGAAAGAAGUUUUCAGAGGAUUCGUUCAAUUAUCAGGAAACAAAAUACAGUUAAGCAACUAAUGCGAAUCAAAAAUGAAAAAAAGAAAAUGAAAGCAGAAAUAGUUAAUAUUUCAGAUGAUGAAAUAUGUGAGCGUCAGCAGAACUGUGAAUAUGACAUAGAAAUUACCAACAAUCGUAUAGAAUCUGAUCAGAACGAUGGGACGUCAUUAGUAUUAAAUGCCGGAUACUUAGAUCAACAAGAGAAGACUGAUCGCCGAAUUCAGCGAGCCAUGACGGAAGACUCUACGGAUACAGGAUAUAACCAAGGGCCGUUCACAACUCAACAAACACCGGUAUUUAGUGGCCAAGAAUCAACAUCUGAUGAUUUAUUAUACCAUCAAAUCAUGCAAGACGCCAUGUGUUAUGCACCUACUUUAACAAGAGACUUGGAAUUACCAAUGUUAGAUGAAACAUUUGAAUUAUCCGAACACUACACUAGUCCACCACCAGCAGGUAUACAUCGAAGAUCAUACAUAUUAGCCACCAGACAAGACAGCAGUAAAGACGAAAUUGACGAUCAAGAUGAAACGUGUUUCUUGAAACAGAAUAAUAAAGAUUUAGUAAUUGAUGAAAAGUCCAAAAAGAAACCUUGGAUAACUCUUGUAUCUUAUGUGGACGAAUUAACCGUGGGUGGAAGAAGAGACUCCCGAGGAAAUUUCGUUGAUGCAGCUCCUAGUUUUCCAGGGUUUGGCAGAAAUAAACAAUCAAAAGCUCCACUAGAAUGUUUUCCUUUUAGUUGCUAUCAAAGGAUUGGGAUAAAAAAAGAAUGGGUCGAUACUUGUUUUGGCGACCGAUGGAUGACUUUUCGUCAGAAAACUCUCGUAGUAGUAGAUACUCCGAUAUUUGAAUGGUUUAUACUAGUGUUGAUUUUUGCGUCAAGUGUAACUUUAUGCUUUGAAGAUAUUUAUCUGGAUGAAAAUCAAACGCUCAAAACUGCAUUAUAUUGGACUAAUUUUACGUUUUGUGUUAUUUUCACUAUUGAACUUAUGCUAAAAUGGAUAGCGUUAGGAGUUUAUAAAUACUUUAAAAGUUUUUGGACGGCUUUAGACUUCAUUAUUGCAAUGAUGUCAAUUUUCAGUUUACUAAUUGAUGAAAAUGAGAAUUUAAAAGUUCUACGAUCGUUAAGAACUCUACGAGCUUUGCGACCACUCAGAGCUAUAUCGAGAUGGCAAGGGAUGCGGAUAGUUGUGAAUGCUCUGAUGUAUGCAAUUCCAUCAAUUUUUAACGUUCUGCUGGUUUGCCUUGUGUUUUGGUUGAUAUUCUCAAUCAUGGGUGUACAGUUUUUUGGUGGAAAAUUUUUUAAGUGUGUUGACGACAACGGAGACCGUGUAUCCGUAAACAUUGUCAAUAAUCGCAGUGACUGCAUGCUCCAUAACUAUACUUGGUUAAACUCAAAAAUAUCAUUUGAUAACGUGGGCAUAGCUUAUUUGGCUUUGUUUCAAGUUGCUACAUUCGAAGGAUGGAUGGAAGUAAUGGCAGAUGCUGUAGAUGCUCGUGGUGUAGACUUACAACCCGAAUAUGAGGCAAAUUUAUAUGCUUACAUAUAUUUUGUGAUAUUUAUUGUGUGUGGAGCAUUUUUUACUCUUAACCUUUUCAUCGGUGUUAUAAUUGAUAACUUCAACAUGCUAAAAAAAAAGUAUGAAGGCGGAGUAUUAGAAAUGUUCUUGACUGAAAGUCAAAAGCAUUAUUACACGGCCAUGAAAAAACUAGGCCGGAAAAAGCCACAAAAAGUAAUUAAGCGUCCAGUCAAUCAAUUUAUGGCAAUAUUUUACGAUUUAUCAAAUUCCCGAAGGUUUGAGAUAGCAAUUUUUGUGUUGAUUUUUUUAAAUAUGCUGACAAUGGGUAUUGAACAUUAUAAUCAGCCUGUUCCUGUGUUUUUCAUAUUAGAAGUCUGCAACGCAUUUUUUACUACUGUUUUUGGAUUAGAGGCUUUAGUGAAAAUUAUUGGUCUUCGAUUUCAUUAUUUUACUGUUCCUUGGAAUGUUUUUGAUUUUUUACUCGUCUUAGCAUCCGUUCUUGGUAUACUUAUGGAAGAUAUUAUGAUCGAUUUUCCAGUAUCACCAACACUUUUGAGAGUAGUUCGUGUAUUCAGAAUCGGCAGAAUAUUACGAUUGAUUAAGGCCGCCAAAGGUAUACGUAAACUUUUAUUCGCCUUAAUCGUGUCUUUACCAGCACUUUUUAAUAUUGGCGCACUUCUUGGUUUGAUUACUUUUAUAUAUGCCAUUAUUGGUAUGUCUGUUUUCGGGCAUGUCAAAAAACAAAAAGCCAUUAAUGACAUGGUAAACUUUGAGACUUUUGGUAGAAGUAUGCAACUAUUAUUCCGGCUGAUGACAUCGGCCGGGUGGAAUGACGUACUCGAAUCCCUUAUGGUACAACCACCGGAUUGUGAACUAGAAUCUCCAGGACUUCCAAAUGGCAAUUGUGGACACCCUAUUCUUGCGAUAACGUACUUUACGAGUUUUAUUAUAAUAAGCUAUAUGAUCGUUAUAAAUAUGUACAUAGCUAUUAUAUUAGAAAACUUUAACCAAGCUCAUCAAGAAGAAGAGAUCGGCAUUGUAGAAGACGAUCUUGAAAUGUUUUACAUCCGAUGGUCUAAAUACGAUCCGCACGCAACGCAGUUCAUAGCAUUCAAUCAAAUAUCUGAUUUCAUUGCAAGCUUGGACCCACCAUUAGGCAUACCUAAACCGAAUAUCGUGGCUUUAGUCAGCUUCAAUUUGCCAAUUGCGAGAGGCAACAAGAUACAUUGUUUAGACAUACUCCAUGCACUCGUCAAACACGUGCUUGGUCACGUCGACGAAACGGACGAAUUCAAAAAACUACGAGAUCAAAUGGAUGUGAAGUUUAAAAAACAAUUCCCAACACGUAAAGAACUGGAAAUCGUGUCAUCUACGCGUCUGUGGAAACGACAAGAUAAAGCCGCGAGACUAAUACAACGAAGUUACCGAAACUUCCGAAGGAGGAAAAAAGAUCUGACGGAUUUGUGUUCGGAUACGCAGUCUUCAAGCCCCGGAGGUUGGCAGUCACGUCUUUCAUCAUUCUUACAUGUUAAAGGCAUGUCAAUCAGUGGUAUUGGAGGAGGUAUCGGUAGUAAUUCUAGAGCUUCGUCCAGAAAAUCUUCCAGAGCCUCCGACACGUCUGACAUAUCUGAACUAGGAGCGUCUCUCUGGCUUAACCUUCCAAUGUUUUUAUUAUCUAACGCUCAGUUAGAUACAAUAAGCAAAAACGAAGAGCAGUCACCCAAGAAAAAAUCAAACGUCGAGGGAGGUGGCGGCGGCCCGGUGCACAUCACGAUCAGCGAACCGUCGCCCGAGGCCAAGCCGAACGCGGUGCUGCCGUUGUCUCUGGACGGAGUCGGCGACUUGGCGACCGGAAGCGGCACGGCGGCGGACCGGAAGCAGCAACAACUCCAGCAACAGCAGCAGCAGCAACAACACCAGUUAGGCCAGCAGCAGCAACAGGCGGCGGCUAACGUGAGCAUCACCAUAACGGACGCGUCGCCGGUAGGCACGUGCGACCCAAAACCGUUGCCGUCGGCGAACGCGCAACAGCAGCAGCAGCAGCAGCAGACGGCGGCGCACAGCAAACGGUUAGCGUUCCGACGGGCGAGCGAAGCGAAAAUCGUACAGCACAAGGCGCUGGUUCACAAGACGUCCGAAGGGCCGCACAGCUGAUGGGAAUUAAAACGACACGUAUAAUACAUAUUAUAAUAAUAUAUCGUUAAC